AUGAAUGCGUCUUGUGCAUUACAACAUUUUUGCGAUUUACAUGGACCACAAACAUUAUUGUGUACAGAACAAAGAGCGCAUAUUCAAAAUGCUAAUGAUAAUGAUGAUGAAGAUAUAAAAACAUUUUAUUCACAAUAUAUUAAAUCAGAAAAUCCACAGGGAAAAGUUGAAUGCAAAUCAUGUACAUUAUCACCUGAAAGUGCUCUUGUUUCAACGAUUGAUUCUGAUAAUCAUAUGUUAUAUAUCUCAUCAUCAUCAACACCUAAUCAAGAUUUAUUUAAAAAUAUAAGAAAUGCAUGUGUACGAAGUUUAAAUAUUGAGAAAUCAGUUGAAGUUGAUGCUCCAAUAUUAUUUGGUGAUGAUGUUAAUGGCUAUUGUUUAUCAUUAGCAUUUUCCUGUAAAGAUUUUCAUGCACGUGGAAGUCAACGUCUUUAUUCAUUAUGUUAUAUCUGUUCGGAUAAAUAUCAUCUACUGUCAAUAAUGAAACUUCUUAGUGAUUGUUUAAGACAAGCUGUUUAUUGGUUACAAUAUGAUGCAAAUGAAACUUAUGAACAAGAAGGACGUAUUAAAGUAAAUACAAAUUUAAAUGGAACAUCAACAACUACAAGAACGACAUAUAUUUUUCGUACACCACCAUGCGUUCCUUCACAACGAAUGCUUAGUGAUAUUGUUCAUGAUUCGAAAAUAACAUUUCGUAUACAUGCAUUAUUUGUUUGGUUACUUCGGAUGUCUAAUUCAGCAAUAAAUGAAUCACUUUUUGAUGCUUUACCAACUGAAGAACAAACAACAAAACAAGAACGAAAAGAUGUAUAUGAUAAUGAAAAUCUCUCUAAUUCUUUAACAAAACGUCGAACAACAACAAUUGUAUCAAGAUCAACAUCAAUUCAUGUUCAAGAUUCAUUAUUACUAUCUUCAACAUUAACAAAUUACACACCUAAUCCAGGUUAUUUAUCAACAUCACUUUAUUCAACGAUUGAUAAUUAUCAUCAAAAUGAAAAUGGUUACUAUGAUGAUGAAGAUGAUUUCGAUUCAUUACAAUAUCAAUUUUCAUCUUAUGGUUAUGAAGCAUUAAAAUUAUUUGAAUUAUUUAUAAAAAAAUUAAAUAAUAUUAAAUAUUUACAAUAUAUUCUAAAUAAUUGGGUUAUUGGAAAUCGAUUAAUUCUUAAAUAUACCAAUAGAAUGGAUAGUAAAGAUUUAAUUUGUGCUUUAGCAAGUAUUUUUCGAUUAUUUUUACCUGAUGGUUGUUUUCAUUUAGUUGAAGCAACUAAUCAAAAAGGAUUACAUACAGCUAAUUUUAUUUUAUAUGAUACAGAUAUUGUUUUAACAAAUGAUACAUCAUCAUUAACAGAAAUUUUAAAUGAUAAUAAUUCAAUUGUUAUUAAACUUAUUUUUGAUGAUAUUGAUGAUAAUCUUCGUGUGGUUAAAUUAGAAACAUUACCUCUAACAAGAUCAGAAAUUCCUAUACCAACUUAUGUGAAAACAAUUAUUGAUCUAUUUACAGAUAGUAAUUUAAAUGAAGAAGCAUUUGAAUCAAUUAUUACACAACAUAAGAUCAAAUAUUUAAACAAAGCAAAACUUCAUUUUCAACUUGGUCGUUGUCAAACAGCAGCAACACUCUCAACAAAUGAUCGUCAACAAAUGACAAUAUUUAAUGUUGAAAAUAUGAGUGAUUUAGCAUUAAUACGUUUUUGGCAAAAAGGACUUUCACAAGCUUAUAAAACACAAAUACGUAUACUUAAACAAGAUGAUAAUCAACAUCAAAGAAUACAAAAACAACAAAAAUAA